UAGCUUAAGAUGACCCUGAGUACCGAGUAUAAAAUAUCUCUUCGGAUUCAGAGCAUUCAUCAGUACAAUUUCAGAUUUCAUCUCGUGAACAUCCACCAAAACACCGCCACAAUGUUUAAGGUUCUAGCUCUUAUCGCCUGUCUGGCUCUCGUUGCCUCGGCCCAGUACCACGGAGCUCACUAUGAGCACAAGGAACACUAUGCGCACCCGAAGUACAAGUUCGAGUAUGGUGUCAAAGAUCCCCACACAGGUGACCAUAAGACCCAGUGGGAAGUACGCGAUGGAGAUGUCGUCAAGGGAGCUUACACCCUGCAUGAGGCCGACGGAACUGAACGUGUGGUCGAGUACAAGUCGGACGGUCACAACGGAUUCGAGGCUAAUGUCAAGAACGUAGGACAUGCCCAUCACCCGCAGGUCUACGGAGGACACUCUUCUCACGGACAUCAUGAGUACGCUCAUGGUCCAGGAGCCAGUUACACCAAUGUGGAUAAGCAUUACUAA